AUGUAAAAAUAAAUAGAUGAAGUUGAGUUUCUAUUAAAGAAGAGUCCUUAACACAGAAGCAAAGCAGAAAUUAAUUUAUUACUCUAAUUAACAUCAUAGCUUCCAUUUUUUAAAUAGUACAUGAAACAAGAAAAUGGAUUAUAAAUUUAAAGGAAAUGUUGCAAAAACAUGUAUUGUGAAAAAUUCAAAGCAAAUGAAAUUGUUUUCUAUGUUGGUAUAAAUAAUAUCAUUAAAUAUUAAUAGACAGUGUUGGUACAAAAUUCUACAUCAUAUUGGAAGGAUCUGUCACUGUUUUAGUCAGAAAACCAAAUCAAUCUGAAAUGGAAGCAGUUAGAAUAUUAAAUAAGGGAGAAUCCUUUGGUGAAUUAGCCUUAUUACAUAAAUAACCAAGACUUGCUACAAUUUAAUGUAAUACUGAUUGCACUUUUGCUGUUUUAGAUAAACAAUAAUUUAAACAUAUUCUAUAAGAAGAAUAAUAAAAAUAGUUGGAUGAAGUAAAUCACUUUAUUAUUAUUUUAAGAAUAUUGAUUAUUUUUCUUAAAUAAGAAUUUUUUCCCAUUUGCAUAGAACAUAAUUAAAACAUAUAUAUUUAAAUUCUUUUCUAUAUGAAUUUGAAAAGAAUUAAAUUGUCAUAAAAGAAGGAUAAAAAGCUGAUUAUUUCAUUUUGAUUAAAUCUGGAAGUUUUCUAGUUAAAAAAAUUAUGAAACCGAAUUAAACAAGUGUUAACGUAAAUUUAAUAAAUAAUCAAUUAAGUUAUUUGAAAUAGGUGAAUUACAAGUGUUUGGUUUCUAUCAUCUUAAUAUUAAUUUACCAUAUGAAUAUUCCCUAGUUUGUAAUUCAUCAAAAGGCUAUGCAUAUAAAAUUAAUAGAACAUCUUUGGUAGAAAGAAUGUUUGAAUAAUAAGGAGAUGAUCUUAAGCUUCAUAGAAUUGAACUUUAACAAUUAGCUAAUUUAAGAACUGAAACAGAUAUAAAAACUGCAAGUUUCUAUCCAUAAUAUUUUUGCAAGAGAAUUAAAACAGAAGUUCCUGAAGAAAAUUCAUAAGAAAAGAUAUCUUAACCCAUAACAAUAGCAAAACAAAAUCUCUUAUUAUAUUAAAAUAAAAAGAAAUAGAGAAUGAAUUAAAUCAAAUUAUAAAUGGAUUUAGCAUCAUAAAAAUUGAGGAAACAACCCAUUAAAGUAUCAUAUGAAGUUGCAUCCCAUACUUAAUCUGAGCUCUUUCUUAAAACUCAUAGAUGUUAUAACUUUUUAUAAUAAUAAACAGAUGUAUAGAGGCUAUAAUCAUAAUAAACCCAACGAUAAUAGUAAUAAUAGCAAAUACCAAAUAAUUAUCCUAAAUUACCAAAAAAGUUAAUGAUUAAAACUCAUUUCCCAGAAGAAUAUUUAGAUAAAUAAUCUUGUGAUAGUCCUUUAAGUACAACAUAAACUUAAAUGAAAAGUCUUAUUGGUUUAAAAAAAAUGAUAUUGCCUACAGCAUAAAAUAGAGUAAAAUCAAGAACUUUUUAAUCUUAAUUGAGUUCCUCUCCUCUCUUCAAAACUAUAAGUUGCAUUCUCUAACAAAGAUAUUCUAGUAUUACAUCCAGCAAUCAUUUUGUAUGA